CUGAUGGCGGCGGGGCUGGCGGAGGGUCGCACCGCGAAGGGAGAGCGAGGAGGCGGGGAACCGGAGAGACAGAGAGAGGAGGCCCCGGCGGUACCGAGUCCCGACACACCGACACACCGACAAUAAUCACACCGAGAACAGCAGCAGCAAGGCCCGCAAACCCACACAGAGGACCGCGGACGGAUGGAUGGAGCGUUCAGGACCUCCCAUUGGCUGUCAUCCUGUCUUGCUCCACCAGCCAGUACACUACUACAGCUGCAGUACUUGUUGUACUUAGUUGCAGUAGUCAGCUUUGAAGAAUUGUGUAUCAAUGGAUUUUGAUACUAACAGACCUGGAAUGACAACCUUAGCUUGAUAGCAUAUGUGUUUCUAGGGGCCUAGUGCUUCAAAUUUAGGGCCCCUGAAUCAUACACCCCUGAGAGAAAAAAUAGAUUGAAGCUGCCACAAAAAGUAUCCGCUCUGGAUCUGUAGAUUAGCUUUAUUUUGAAGCUAAUUGCAGUUAGCAGCUAACAGCUAGCACAGCAACUUGAUCCGAAUCAAACACACACCUUCUUAAUAUUCAGUUCAGAAAAUAAAAUAGCUAAAAAAUGUAGUUGGACUCCGACAAGGGUUACGUGUUUGGCAGCUAACGGGUUGUUAGCUGCUAGUUGCUAGCGGUGAGCAGGUAGCGGUGGCGCGGGUCUAGGCCCGGCCAGAGCAGGGGUGUGAUGGAGUACCACUCCGGUGGCAGCCUGCCCCUGCUGGGGAGACCGCGGUACUGCCCCGGUGCCAACGCUAACGGAGGAUACCUGUGUGAGACGGGACACUGCUGCGGAGAGACCGGCUGCUGCACCUACUACUACGAACUCUGGUGGUUCUGGCUGCUGUGGACCGUCCUCAUCCUGUUCAGCUGCUGCUGUGCGUACCGACACCGGCGAGCCAAACUGAGACUCCAGCAGCAGCAGAGACAGAGAGAGAUCAGCCUGCUGGCCUACCAUGGAGCCAACUCCUACCCCUCCUCCAUGCUGGACCUCAGUUUCCUGGCCUCUCUAAAGCUGCCGUCCUAUGAGGAGGUGGCGGCUCAACCCUCCACCCCUCCUCCACCCUACAGCUCCGUGUUCACCUCCCCACGUUACCCGCAGCCCCCCCGCACAGCUGACCCCCAUCUGCUCACACAGCACGACCCCCUGCUGCACCGGCCGCUCAGCGACGGUCCCUCCUCCCUCAGCUCCGACAACAGCUCCAGUUGUUCCUGUGAUUCCUGCUGCCCCUCCUCUCCGUGUAGCUCCUCCCUGUCGGCACCCGUUACGUAUGAGACUGACACAAGCCAUGCCACCACGCCCAGCGAGGCUGCUCCCCUCACUCUUGAUGUCACCAUGGAGACCAUCGCUGCUGCAGCAACCUGUUUGGAGGGUGCCGCAGUGGCCAUUGACAUUGGUGAUGAAGAUGCUGCCAGAGCACAGGAACCUAUUGCCACGGACUCAUCGGUUCCCAACCAGACUGUUACUGUGGCGGUUGUUACCAGGGCGGCUUCCCCUCACCCUCUGCCCUCCCCCGGUUCUGAGGUGGCUCUUUCUGUUGUAACUACAUCUCCCAUAAAGCAACAGCUCGACCUAGCACCGUGUACCCCAAUAGUCAGCACCUGUAGCCCAAGUACACUCCCAAGUCCAAGUGUUUUGGACACGACACUCCCCUCCAUUCAAAUUACAAGCAUUGAGGGCUUAGCUGACAACGUAGAAACUACACCUCCCCCGAAAAUCACAUCAAUAUCAGGCCCUUCUACCCCCACAGCUAGCAUUUCUGACAGCCUUACAGCCUCCCAAACCCUCGAAACCCUCAAUCUAACAAGAACUUUUGAUACAGUCAAUGUUCCUAGUAGCCCAACCUCAGUACUGUCCCCAGAUGUUGGAAGAACUUUGGCCCUGAUAACAGGCUCUGCUGGUCUCCCAACCCCAGACCCAAAUCCUAGCCUUGUGUCAAUCCCGGCACUUUCAAACCUUACCCAAGCUCCAGCCCCAGUACCUUCAAACCUUAUGUUAGCUUCAGUCCUGGUCCCGUCAACCCUUACACAAGCUUUAAUCCCAAUACCUUCAGACUUUACCCAAUCUCCAGAUGCAUUACCUACAAACUUUACCCAAGCUCCAGAACCAGUAUCCACAAACCCUACCCUCUUUCCAGGCCCAGCACUUACAAAACCUACCCAAGCUCCAGACCCAGUACCUUCAAACCUUAACCUAGUGCCAAACCUACACCCUAAAACUACCGUAGUCCAAGACUGUGCACCUAACCCCAUUCUAACUCCAAAACCUGCACAGUCAAACCUUACCCUUGCUACAAAUGCAGCACCCACUUCACCUACAUUAGCCCAUUGCCAGAUUCCAGAACUGUCACCUGGGUCAGGCCCAGCCCUUAUGCCUCCCAGCCCAAGAUCAGGCUUGCCCCAACACCCAGGUGCUGUUACUGUUCUUGUAUCUUAUCGAGCUUCAGGUGAAGUACCAGCCGAUGCAGGUCCUUCUCUGACCCUGUCUCAAUCAUCAGAGUCAGACCUUAUUAGUCCAUUACCGUCAAAUGUCCACGCUGAUUUUAGUUCUGAAUCUGGAUCAUACUCUAGUGUUGGUUCAAGGCCAGGUCCACUGUCCACUCCUGCCCCAGUGCUCACCUUCCCAACCCCUGAAUCCUCCUAUUCUUCCUGUCCAGCCAUAACCAUAGAGUCUGAAUCUUGUUUCACCCCCUCUCGGUCUCCACCUGCAGCCCUCUCCCCAUCCUCACCCCCAUCCCUUCCUUCUCCUCCUCCCUUGCUCUCCCCUCCAGCCCUGUCUUCUACCUCCCUCCCAGCUCCAGCUUUACUCCUGGACCCCCUCACUGCUCUGCACCAGUCCAACAAAAGUGGAUCGUCCUCUGGCCACGCUUCCUCCCUCUCCCCCUCGCCUCGUGCUACUCAGUCCCCUCCGAAACAGACCCUCUUCUCCCCCUGUGUGGAUGUCUUUGAACCAGGACCUCCCAGCUGGGAAGAUGGAGAGCAUGAGGAGGAGGACAAUGAUGAUGAUGAAGAUGAGGACAUGGGGGCUGAUGAGAGCCAGUAUAGACAUCGGCGACUUACAGGUGACUCUGGGAUCGAGGUGUGCAGAUGUCGGGUAGAGGAGGAAGAGGAGGAGGAAGAGGAAGAGGGCGAAAGGAAGGAGGACGGCAGGAGAGGAGGAGGAGCAGGAGGGGAAAGGGAUAUAAAAGGAGGUGGAAACACUGAUCUCCAUGACAGUGUGGACUGCCCUGCUAGAGGUCAGAUAACCACAGGGGAAGAACUCAUACUCUGUAACUCCACCUCCACCACAACGCCAACGUCUGAGGACAGUGGCGAAGUCGUCAUUGUUAUGGAAACAGUGUGAUUGACAGAAGUGGGUGUAUCAAACCAUUCGUCAUCCAGACAAGGGAUGAACAGGAAGUUAAUGAUGGCGUCCGCUCUUAAAACAGUUUUUUGAGAUUGUUCUGUACCCAGGGAGGUUUUGAACGCAGACCAUCGUGGAUGAGUUACAUCACUUUAACAAAUGAUGCCUGUACAGCGUCUAUUAGUCAGACCAGCAUAGGUGUCGGAUAUUUGAUAGGAUGAGAUUCCACAGGACGCAUUAGCUCAUAUAACAUGGUUUCUUCAACUGUGAGUUGGAAUUUUAGUCAGUUGUGGUUUCUGCAUGGUGAGUACCGGUGUGUUUUAAGUAGGGAGGAGUGGUAUGUAAUGUACUCAGAUUGCUACUACUACCGAAAGUACUACUACCGCACUACAGAACUGUUGUCAGCAAUUGGUAAAACGCCAAGAAACAUUAUGAAGUUUUACAGUUUACACAAAAUAUAUUUAGAAAUCCACCUUUACAUAACAUUGGAGAGUUGUCCAUUUAUGAAGAAAGUCUAAAUCUCUACCAGUGGCUAUGAACAGAGAGCUAGCUGAAGCAGUUUGUUGUGUUGUGUCUGUAGAUCCAUUCAGUAAUGUCCUCAGUCAGAGUGAACAGUCUAACAAUUUGUUUGUGCAGGUUAAGGUGACACUGUUAACUGUCUUAGUAGUCAUAGUCUCCAAAAUACAUGGCGCUUGCGUCAGUCAAAGAUAUCCUAUUGAGAUACAUUCAGUGUUCCUCACCAAAACAAAUUCCUUCCUCUUUAAACUAUUGAAAUAUUAUUUUUAAGGGGCUCUCCACCAAUUUUUACACAUACACAUUUCAAAUAACCCAAACCCUGUGGUACAAACUGGUGCAUUUAUAAGGCAGGAAGGGUUUAAUGAAAUGCGCUAAUUAGGUUGCAUUAUGGGAUAUGUGAGAUCCAGUUAAUGCUUUUUACUGUUAUUGUUUAAAUCUGUCUCUUGCAAGUCCCCUAGCUUUAUGGAUAUGAAAUACAUCCUUUAAACCUGUUUACAUCUAUAUUAACGAGCUACUAGUCUUAUUCAUACGCACCUUUUGCUAAUGCAUUGCUACGUUUCUUAGCCUGUUAUUGCCUCCAACGGUUGAUCUUAGAAAUUCGUGAAAUCGGGGGAUGUUGUAUAGCUUAUAUACACAAUGUGUAUCUUCACCUGCGUGCUUAAGCAUGUAAAUGUACGUCCUCAUAAUCAUGCCAACCAAAAUUCAUUAAAAAAUUCUUCCAUAGUGUUACAGUGGACAAAAAUAUGAAUGACUACUGGUAACAAUAAGCUUGCUAACAAGCCAGCAGGCUAAUUUAGCCAUGAAACGGAUGCUAUAGUUAGCAUGCAAAUGCUGGCUUCCAUUGGCUACUGUGUUGGCUAAUUCUCCAAUCAGAACAACUGUUUUGUGGUGGUUAGCUGAACAAAUGCUAUGGCUAGCUAGCUAACAACCUAGCCCUUUCUGAAAACAAAAUAAUUGAGGCCACAAUUACCUCCCAAUGAGUCACUGUUCAAUUUUGUUGACAGAUAUGAAUGCAGCUAGAUAAGCACAAUGCUAAUGCGGCAUUCAUGUCAUAUGGGAGUAACUGUAAUUGCCAGUUGCCUAAUUGUAAAAACAAGUUCAACAUCCAAGUUGUAGUUACAAUUGGGGGAUUUUUCUGAAAUCUCUGAUGUAUAAAAGUUUGCAAAUACGGACACCUCACAACAACUAAAUUAAUGAUAAUUACCUUGUGUAAUACUUUAUUUCCAUCCACAGUAUAUUUUAACGCUCACAAGAUCAAUUCUGCAUCAUACACCCAUCGUGAGUGGUCCAAUGACGUUAACGCUUGCAAGUCAAAAACUAGGGAAUCUUUCCCUUUGGUACCUUCCAACCAACUUGAAACGGGGUCCCCUGACAGAUAUGACGUUUCCUUUCUUACGUCCAUCAGUCACCAACAAGAAAAGAACAACUUUAAAUAGUUGAACGUUUACCAGAAGACACCUCGCUUGUCUUGGGUGAUGACGGAAGUUUGGAAACGUGCCGGGGACAAAUUGGCUGUUUUGGAAAUGAAGAGAGACUGAAGUGGGAGGAUGAUUCACUCUGACUGACAGAAGGAACUGAUUCAUUCAUUAGAGGGGACGUUUUGAUGAAGAAGUCUGUCAGGAGAGUGGAAUCAGGUGGGUAGUUUAUGAAAUGGGCGCGACAGUUUAUCAGAUUUGAUGUGUUCAUGGCAACUUGAUCCUGUAUGGAAGGCUUUAGGGCUGGUAGAUCAGUUGGUUCUCUGUGCGUCAGCCUUUCAGCUGAGAAGCUUUUGCAUAAAUAGGAAUAAACAAUGGACACUUUUAGACAGAAACAAAGCACCAAACAGAAGAGAGACAGGAACACGUCAUCAUUCCCGUCUUUGUUUUUUUUCCUCUGAUUUUGAGGUCAGAUAUACAACAAUACAUUCACUUUCUGCAUCUCUCCAUUCAUAGGCACUUUCAGCACCCUUAAUUGAUAAAUUGCCAUCAUCGUGGAUAAUUGAUCAAACAAGUCAAGCUAAUGUAGGGCCUUGAAAUAACAGCAACCUCUAUCCUGUUAAAGAAUUGGUCAUUCAGGCCGUUAUUGUAACAUAUUAAUUUUUCAUACACUGUCAGAUUGAUAGACGUGUCAAUAUUGAUAUUUUGUGACAGAAAGAGUAUAUUUUGUCAGUGAGAGAGAGUUACAUUUGUGUAGUACAUCUGGUGUAUUUCAAAGAAAUUAGGAGAGCAAUACUUUUAAUCAGCAACAGUCUGUUAGUAAAUCCCCACCCACCCCCAAAAAACAACAAAAUAAAACAAAAACUGCUCUGAUAGCAAAGUAAUGCAUAGAAGCAUUCAGUUUACGUGACUGUCAUGUUUGUAUUUCGACUGAAAUACCAAACAUUCCACGUGGGUUUGGACAAUUUCUACGCACCUUAAGGGUCAUGUGGAAAUAAUGUUUUGGGAUUUUUUUUUCUUGGAGGAAAUUUUCACCCAACAACAGCCGUGUAAUGAUUGCGAGAGCUGGUGCAGUGUUUAAGUAAUUUCCAACACACUCCACAGAAGUACGUCAUCACACAUUUGUAAUACUUUUUGUUGUAAGUGUAUAAAGAUCAAAGUCAAAAUGAAUGAAACAAAGACUAUAGCUUUAUCCCCUAUCUUUGUCCAUGCCAUGAAAAUCACCUGCUUAACACUACGUUCACAGAUGUUUUGUUGUACUUUUAUAUAAAAAGCUUUUUCUUAAUUCCUGUUUCAACAAAAAAUACACCACAUUGUUCUCCCAUAUCAGUGGGCGUGUAAAAGUGAGGCUUGGGUUUUUUUUGUCACCUUUUCUUACACCUGCUUCCACAAAGUGCACUUGUUUUUUUUACAGCUCUUAAUGUAAGCUGUAUUAGAAAGUUUAACAAAUGUGUGCUGCUCCAAACCAGAAGUCGGAGCGUGUUGGAAAAGACACCAGACAGUGAAGUCUGACCUCUAGCCAAUGAGAUAAAGUGUGUGCAUUGACGUCAUCAGGUUGCACCUGCUGAUAAUUGCUUGAGCCAGAACUCUUCAGUGGGAAUUUUCUUUGAAAGUAAAGACACAGAAGCGUUAGGCAAUAUAAUCUUAAACUACGGCAACCGCUGUGGUGCAGAGAACUGGUCACCUGACCGCAUGUCUCGGUCACGGAUGUCAUUAACUCAGCCUUCUCCGAUGAAAAGACCUUGAGUCUGGUUGACUAAUCCUUAAACCCUGUGUCCAUGCUGCAUUACAACGCGGGCUUCAUGUACUUCGCUACUCAUUUGUUGCAAAGGACGAUGGGUAGAACUUUGCUGACAGAGGUACCCAAACGGAUACCAUGAUGGGUACUGGUAUGUGGGACCUCUUUGUGACAAAAGCCAUGUCCUGCCAUGGAAAGGACAUGACUUUCAGUUUCUAUUUUCAAACCCUGAUUGACAGCUGGAUGUUUUCUGGACCGCCAGAAGUCUUUGCAGUCAGUUUGGAAAACCAACGUGCAGAAGAUCGGAUUCAUACAUGGAUGCAUAAAUGAUCUGAUCUUUAAACAUUUGUGGCUAAAUACACAGAUAUAGGCAUGUGGUUUUGAGCAGAUGUUGACUACGGAGCGCUCAAGCAGAUUCUCUGAUUGUGACUUUGAUUCGUCUCAGACUAAGGUCAAAAAUAACACCUUUGAUUUAAUUGAAUGCAGGCCAAAUUUGCGCCUGUGGACUGAGGAUUAAGAGUUGGUACUGGCUGAAGGACCUCUUAGAGAAAGCUCAAGGGCGAUACCGAGCCAUUGAUGUUGUGGUUGAUGGUGUUCUUUGUUUACCUGAACUAAUAAGGUUAUAUAUAUCUCCAUGGCUACAGAGUGCCAUUUCUACCUGACAACUGUUACUACUUAGCAUUAGAUAGAGCUGUUCUCGCUCUGUGUGUGUGUGUGGAUUGUCGACCAGAGUGACUGAAGAAAUGUUGUCUAAAAUCUUUCUGUAGCUCAGGUUCCCAAAGGCUCUGCAGCUCUAAGAUCAGCUGGUGAUGGUGUGACGUUUGGCCAUUUCAUUGAGGAUUUCAUCCAAAUUUCCUCACAGUUCCAGGAGAGUGUUGACAUUGUCUGAAAGGGUCUAAACAGACUGAAUUGUGUGGACAUUUUGGCAUUGUUUUGGUAACUUCUACCAGCUAAAUGGAAGAAGGUCCCCAUAUUUUCUCUGGAGGCAUCAUGGUAAACAUAGUCAAUCCCUGACUGAAGCAGAUAUGGUAGUUUAAGGUAAUUUCGUCAGAACUCCUGGAAUCACAAACUUAUGACACAACAAAGAGAGUAGACAUUUCUAACAUUUCUCAGUUUCCAUGUUGCUCAAUGGGUGCAGCAAGGCACGAGCACUGCCAGGGUUGGAGGUUCAUUCAUCUUGAUGUUCCUCAAGAUGUCAACACUCCUGGUGCUGUUAGGCCUUAAGGGGAAAAGUCUUCGGCCAAAUGUCUGUUAAAAGCUUUGACCAUCUCUGGACUGAUGUUAAGGCUGACCUAACUUUUGGAAACCCAUCUUUAUCUGUUUUUGUUGAGAUAUCUGUUGAGUUCAACUAAGACUAGUUUUUCAUAAAAUAUUGGUGCACGAAAACAUUAAAAAAAUUGUCCUCUGAUAGAAGAGUUUCACACUGACUGGAUUCACAUUGACAGGUCCGAUUAGGUUUUAGCAAAAUAAAUGACUCCGAUAUGAUUGUUUAAAAGCUAUAUUUGACUGCUUUUAGUUUUUAAACCUUGGAUAACUCCUUAAAUUACUUUUGAAAAUAAACGUUAAGGAAUUCUUUGGAAACUUCUGCUGAAAAAACAAAAAAUUCUCCAACAAGAAUUGGUGAUUAGUUCCACUAGUUAUCUCUUCCUGCAUAAAGUCUGGGACAAAGCUGAAUCCUACAAAGACUGGACAAACAACAUAAAGACUGUUUCCCCCAACACGACAGUCGGGGAAGGAGCAUAAAUUUGCCGACUCAGUAAAUAAACUACACCUCUGGUUAGUCCAGCGAGAACUCAAAUGCUGCGUGUAAAGUGUUAAGUUUUAGAUUUAAUGUUUAGAUGCUUUCAUUUUCUUUGGAGCUUGUCCAGUGCACUCUCACACUACAAAACAUUUUUGCUUGCCAUUCUUCUUCUGUUGUUGUACUUACCAUUAUGUCUCCCUUGGGCAACACACGUGACACAAGUGACGUCAUUGGGUGCAAAUCAAACACACCCUGUAACUAGAAGGCCUGGCACCAGCUGAAUCUGAUGGUUUCAGAUUUGACUCUUUACAUAUAACACAAUUAUAUAUACAUGAUUUUAUCACGCCAAAAUCAGAUAAAUGAUUGCCUUAACUGUGCUAAUGUCUGUGGUAACUAUGACAUACAAAGGAAUAGACCAUCUCCAAAUGAAUAUUACUUUCCUGACAACCCACUUCAAUAUCUGCUGCCUGAACCGUUUUACUGUGAAGCAGCUGCAGGAAAUGAUUUAGUCACCAAGGUCAGUAACUGACGACUAAUUAAAGUCUAUAUUUGUGCAUUUUUCUACAAUUUGAUCAUCAGAAGAGUUUUAUAAAUUGCCAGGGACAGAUGGAUAAAAAAGGAUACAGUCAAAUUGAGCUGGGUAGACGAGGAGGUGGAGGUCACAGGUACUCAUUGCAAGCAACACUUUUCACGUCAUGUCGAAAAUGACUCUACCACGAGUUCUGGUAACAGUCGCUAAUAGUGCAUCACAGCCCAGGUAUCCAGGCUAAAAAUAGAAAUCCAUCAUGAGAUCCUGCUGCAGGAGUUGUUUGAAGUGAUUUGACUGUUGUUUUUUUUUGUAGCUUUAAAAAAAGAUCAGGAACUCUGGCAACCUCAGUAGUUUGAAAAGAAACUUUGCUGAGCCAUGAGGUGAAUUUAUCAUUUUAAUGGUCAUCGUUUGAACUGCGUUUAUUAGACAAAGGACUGAGGAGAAACUGAGGAGGCAAUACACUUUUUGGGGUGAGAUGGUUCCUUUAAAUGCCCAAUUACAUUCACAAACCCAACGCGAGGUCAAAGUUCUUAACCUUAAGUUUAAAGACCAUACGUCUUUUAAAAAUCCCUAGAUGGGGCGGUAACGCCCAGCUGCUUUAUAUAUGGGCACUAUGGGUAAAUAAUCCUCAAUUAGAGUCGUAAUCUGAAUGCAGCGCUGACUCUGAAAUGACAACUCUGGUUUUUGGCCUCAUUAAAUGUUUACCAUUUUGGCUCUUUGAUCAACUUUUACUUGUUUAAUGAGGAGAUUGGAAGCAGCUUCACCUGUGGUGUUUGACAAAGUUAUUUAAUUUACUAAAAUGUCAGUGUGUUCCUUCUAUUGUAGGAGCCCCUCCCUCUGUCUAAAUAAUGUUUUUAUCUUGUUAUCUCUUCUCUCCUUCCUGUUUGCAUGAGGUUUCUGUCGGAGGAGUCGAAGGAAGCAGAGAAGAGAUUUAGUCUUUAAAAUUCCCUUAAUAUUAUGAUGAUAACGAUGCUAAUUAUUAGUAUAACUAAAUUAAUAGUGAGUGUGUAUGUGUGGAUGUAUGUGUGUGAUCUAACUAAACCAGCCUGUUCUAAAAACGUGUGAAGAUAUACUGAAUAAAACUGUCAAAUC